AUUGCGUCCGGCCGGUCCUCUCUGCGGCAGCACGGCUAACUUCCCCCGAGUUUGGCUCGGUCGGUCCGAUUGUGACGUGUAUGAACUAGGAGUCCCUCAAAUUGUACAGGUUGCUGAUAUGAAGUUAUUGUGUUUAUGUGUCGACUGUAUUAUGUGAUUUGUGAGAGACACGUUAACGUGGAAAGUGUGCUGCGGUUAGUGUUUUGGAGCAAUAAUGCCUGUCACGGUCGGCGGAGGAGAUGGACGGGCUAAUAGAAAUGGGAUGUGCGUCUUGUUUCCGCUUGCUGUCGUGUUGUUGUUGUCGGUCGGAGUUGCAGCUAUUCCAGAGGAGCAUAAACCCGCUCAAGAGCAGCCGCCACAAGAGAAAGUCUCCACUCCUCAUCCAAUAGGCCCCGUAGUGUCUGAAGAUGGCGCACCUAAAGGAAACCUGGGAUUCAUUCAUGCCUUUGUGGCAGCCCUCUCCGUCAUCAUCGUCUCUGAGUUGGGAGACAAGACGUUUUUCAUCGCAGCUAUUAUGGCGAUGCGUUAUAACCGCCUCACUGUGCUGGCAGGCGCAAUGCUGGCACUAGGAGUCAUGACUUGUCUUUCAGUGCUUUUUGGCUAUGCCACCACCAUCAUCCCCAGAAUCUACACAUACUAUGUGUCCACUGCUCUGUUUGCCAUUUUUGGAGUACGGAUGCUGAGAGAGGGUCUGAAAAUGAGUCCAGAUGAAGGCCAGGAGGAAUUGGAGGAGGUGCAAGCAGAGAUCAAGAAGAAGGAUGAAGAGCUCCAGCGGUCUAAGCUGGCUAAUGGGGCCCCUGAUGUUGAAGCUGGAUCAGGGACCACCAUACCUCAGGGAAAGUGGCACAGCUUCAUCUCCCCCAUCUUCCUCCAAGCCUUCACUCUCACCUUCCUGGCAGAGUGGGGUGACCGUUCCCAGCUUACCACUAUUAUUCUAGCUGCUCGGGAGGAUCCUUUUGGAGUUGCUGUGGGUGGUACACUUGGACACUGUCUGUGUACUGGAUUGGCUGUAAUAGGAGGGAGAAUGAUCGCACAGAAAAUAUCUGUUCGAACAGUCACAAUCAUUGGAGGAAUUGUUUUUCUGGCGUUUGCCUUCUCUGCCCUGUUCAUCAAACCAGACGCUGGACUUUAAAUGGAUGAAAGACUUUCAGGUUCACUCUGUACAUAAAUGUAAAAUCUGGUUACGUCGCUGUAGAGAGACUGUAGUUUUGACUAUAUACUGUAUGUGUCCAACAGGACGUACCACUCACGACAUGGAAAGAUUCCUACAAUUGGUAACUCAGUGGGUUUUGUCAUAGAGGCCGAACUGAAACAUUGUAGUAUCUGUUAUGUUAGGAUUCAGCAAAAGUCUGAAGUCUUUCUACUCUGUCAUUGUUUCCUGCAUGACAGGGUUGAUGAUGAAUGAAUGAAUGCUAACAAAUUCAUCUGUGUUCAUCAAGUAAAAUAGGCAGGUGUUUAGAUAAAUUUAAGCACAUUAGUUAGUAGACAAGUAGGAAAUGUUCAAAUUCUUUAAAUGGUCUGAUGAGGAAAAACCAUUGAGUUACAGAAAUUAAAGGAACACAACGACAAAAGGCAGGAGGAUUGUGGAGUAACCCUAACCCAGAUCUGAAAUCUCAACAUAGGUUCUGUGAGAGAAAACAGAUUGUAUUCUUGCUGAUGGCUGCCUCAUAGUCCAUUUUUAACGUUUUUUUUUGGCUCAGAAACAUGAGCCUGACGUGCAGUACAUUAAUUGGACUCAGCUAGCCUCUGAGUGAUUAAACUGUCUCUUCCUUUGCCUUUUUUUUUUUUGGUUUUAAUGUUUGAUUUACACUAUUUAAAAUUAACCUAUGUGCUGUCAGGAGACUGUAGAUACAACAAUGUCCUCAGACUGAGUUUUUAACCCGCCACCCCACAAGGUCUGAAACCAUUGGUGUGGAUUCACUAUCAACUCUGAAGGCCUUCCUUUUAGUUUUGUAGUAUGUUUCCUUCAUUGGACAUACACUGUUCCUAUUAGUUAUUCUUCUGAAUAAGAGACUGUACAUUACCUCUACAUCCUGCGCUGUCAUGUCUCUACAUUAUGUUAUGAGAGCGCCAUUAUAGUUUUUCCUCACCCUUAGCGCACCUCCUUAAAUUGCAGAUGACAUUUCCGACAUAGUCACUGCCAAAAGUAUCACUUAGUAUUUGCUCCGUCUAGUUUCUGUUAUCAGUAGUGAAUCUGCUCAUACAAAGGCCAGUAACCUCCCAUAUUCUCAUACAAGCACAUAAACAUGACUGCUGUCCUGCAUCACAAAGACAACAAAACUUUAAAUUCAUUAUUAAAGUAGAGAUCGCUCCCUUUGCUAUGAGCGACCCUGGUGUACCUACAGGUACAAGCCUAAGUUUCAUCUGUAUUUAAAACGGUUUCUAUUUAUUUAGCUUCGUUUUGUUUUCAAGUAUAUGUACUGUAGACUCUGAAAAAGGCAGGAGAGGUCAUUGCAAACCAGGCAUGAGAGUAUUUUUUUAAGUGGACAGGCUAAAACUGCAUUGUCAAUAUUUGACAGGCUGUGUCCAGCAGUGAAAUAAUACAGAAUUCUGUUUGUUAUACAGGUUGGUUGAAAAGAUAAAACCCUGAAAUGCUCAAUAAAAAUGUUUCAUGUGGUGUCUGA